GUUUUUGUUUUCGUUACUCUAAAAAAAAAUGUCUUCAAGUGGUAAUCGUGGAACGGGAAAAGGAGUAAUCCCUCCCGAAUUGGAGUGGGAUUGUUCCGAUGAUUGGCAAAACCAAUCAAUUCCCGAACUCGAAUCUCACACUAUCGAUUUUCAAAAUGUACUUGAUAGUAUUAGUAGUGAUGAUGAGCCGACCGAGGUACCGCCUCCUAGCCAACCGACCGGAGUGCCACCUAGGCCAAGGCGAUCAAGGGCUUCUAGGCCAUCUCCAACGCCAUCUUCUACGCCGGCCCAACGUUUAUUGCAUGAGCGCUUCAAGCGCCCAAGGUCCUCAUCCUCAAGUUCAAGUUCCAAUCAACGAUUGGAACUUGAGAGUUAUUUAACCGUUAGAUUUGAUUCCACAGAAAGUACAGAUUUUGACAUACUAGCGUGGUGGAAGUCAAAAAGUUCAUCGUUUCCAAUUUUGGCACGUAUUGCCAAGGAUGUUCUCGCUUGCCCCGUCUCCACUGUUGCGGUCGAAUCCGCCUUUAGUGUAGCCGGUAGAGUAUUGGAUCCAACAAGAAGCAAUCUCGGUGCCGACAAUUUCGAAAAUCAAAUGCUUUUGGGAGAUUGGACGAAAACCGACUACAGACACAAAGAUGAUCACAUCGACAAAGACGACGACGAUGAUGAUAAAUAUGUUCCUACAGAAGGUGGGAAUACAACUUCACCCGGCGGCACAAGCGACGACUAAAAAGGUAAGUAAAGGUAAGAGAACUACGUGGACU